AAAGGUCUAGUCUGACUUCUUCUAUUUCCUUCCAAAAGUACAGGCCACUCCUCCUUUAACCGCCGUGUGCCUGCAGUUUAAAUGCCGGUCGCUCGGCCGCGAGUAAUCGGAGUUCCUGGGACCUUGAAAGUUUGCCUUCUGCAGGUCGGGCUUGCCUAACACUCGGAAGAUGGAGCGAUUGGGGCUGCUACUUUUCGUCUCUGCGCUGAGCGUGAGUUUAGCGCGACCAGCAGUUGAACUACGUUCAGGCGCACCCGUGAACGAGCGGCCAAUAAUCGGUAUUUUAACCCAAGAGGUGUCUGAUGAUGAUAUGAGACCAUUUGGGAAGACUUACAUCCCCGCCUCGUAUGUCAAGUACAUAGAAUCAGCUGGCAGCCGAGUGGUUCCUAUCAGAUUGAACCAGACCCAAGCUGAAUAUGAGAAGAUUUUCACGGAAAUAAAUGGCCUGUUGUUCAUUGGAGGAGCGGUGGAUUUGGUGAAAUCAGACUAUGCCCAGACUGCAAUGUUUUUUUACCAGCUCGCUGUAAAGGCUAACGACGCGGAGGACUUCUUCCCCCUGUGGGGAACCUGCAUGGGGUUCCAGCUGCUCACAGUCCUGGUGGCCGGAGAGGACCUGCUGAGCCGCACCACAGCGGAGAACAUCGCGAUGCCCCUCAACCUCACCACAGAGGCCCGCUCCAGCCGCAUGUUUGAGGACUUCCCUCCAGACCUCUUUUCGUCUCUGUCCCAGAAGCCUCUCACUGGGAACUUCCAUCACUACGGAGUCACUGAGAAGGUGUUUACGGAGAAUGACAGACUGAGGGAGUUCUUUUCUGUGUUAUCCACAAACAUUGCUGAGGACGGAUCAGUCUUUGUCUCAACAAUGGAAGGAAAGCAGUACCCCUUCUAUGGGGUACAGUGGCACCCCGAGGUGAACCGCUUCCAGUGGAACCCCAAGUAUCACUUCCCCCACGCUGUGGAUGCGGUCAGAGUUUCAGUGCUACUCGCAGACUUCUUCGUCAACGAAGGCAGGAAGAGUUCUCAUCACUUCACCGACGUUGAGGAUGAGAAUGAGGCUUUGAUCUACAACUACAACCCUGUUUACAUCGGAAACUUCACCGGAUACGAACAAGCCUACUUCUUCUGAGGACACAGACAGACAGACACACACACACACACACACACACACACACACACACACACACAGACACACCAGAUAUGCACAGAUGUUAUAGGUCCACAUAUAGUCACAUAGACAGCUUGCGACAAAUGCCUCCCUUCUAUUUUUUUAAAUAAAUAUUUUUUAAAUACGAAUUUUUAAUGUCUUGAAAUAAAUUUGAAUGGAAUCAA